CAUCUCCACGACGCAGAGGGGAUGAUUCACGUGAAGUUUGACGACUCCUUUUAUAGUAAGUUGUCCCCAUGGCGCGUGAACACCUUCACACCUCACAUUCAUUCAGCACAGCUAUGCAGGCGUAUCAGGUUACACCAUCUCUUUUCGUUCAUUUUCAUUCAUUUUUUGUGUUUUUUCAGUGUGCACCUGAACAUUUCGUUAUUUAAAUGUCACUUUUCCUGCGUCAUUGUCUCACCGGCAUUUAUAAACUGAGGACUGAAAUCAGGGACACUGCAGUGAGUGUGACCCGCUUUUAGGAUGCAGUGAGGAAGAGAAGAGGUGUGCAGCUAGGGAGCGGGAGGGAGAACGACACCGUGUUUUCUCGAUGGAAGAGCUGGAGUCCAGUCUGUCUGAAACACACGAGACAGCGGAUCCACUGUUUUCUGAGCUGCGUGGUGCAGGAUGAAAUCAUGAAGAAGCAGAUUGGUGACAUUUCUGAUCUAUACAUACAGGACUGAUGGGUCUCUAAUUUGGCUGAAGAGACAUGAAUCUUUAUUCAUCACCUUCGGUAUAAUGUCAAACAUGUUCUGCCUGACUGCAGUGAGCAUUUUGUAUUUGCCCGUUUUACUGUUUGAGGCAUUUGUUUUGUCCAAAGGGAAGUAUGAGAGGUCAGUCGUCCCAAGUUCUGCCUCUCGCCUGGUGGCCAGAAUGGAUGGGGACAUUAUAAUUGGUGCGCUGUUUUCCGUACACCACCAGCCAUCAGCUGAGAAGGUGGCAGAGAGGAAAUGUGGAGAGGUCCGUGAGCAGUAUGGCAUCCAGCGGGUGGAGGCCAUGUUCCACACCCUGGAUCGAAUUAACUCAGACCCAAACCUCUUACCUAACAUCACCCUCGGCUGUGAGAUCCGGGACUCCUGCUGGCAUUCCUCGGUUGCUCUGGAGCAGAGCAUCGAGUUCAUACGAGACUCUCUCAUCUCCAUCCGGGAUGACUCUGAGGGAUCUAAGUGGUGCAUCGAAGGGGUGCCCUCCAGUCAGCCGCCAUCAACCAAGAAGCCCAUUGUAGGAGUCAUCGGACCUGGCUCAAGCUCAGUUGCAAUUCAAGUGCAAAAUCUUCUCCAGCUGUUCAACAUCCCACAGAUUGCUUAUUCCGCCACCAGCAUCGACCUGAGUGACAAGACCUUGUUCAAGUACUUCCUCAGAGUGGUACCCUCAGACACUCUUCAAGCCAGAGCUCUGCUGGACAUUGUCAAGAGAUACAACUGGACCUAUGUGUCUGCAGUUCACACAGAGGGUAACUACGGCGAGAGUGGGAUGGAAGUGUUUAAGGAGAUCGCCUCACAGGAAGGCCUCUGCAUCGCUCAUUCUGACAAGAUCUACAGCAACGCCGGCGAGAAGCACUUCGACAGGCUGCUCAGGAAGCUGCGGGAGCGUCUUCCCAAAGCCAGGGUUGUUGUCUGCUUCUGUGAAGGCAUGACAGUCCGCGGGCUGCUCAUGGCCAUGAGACGGCUCGGAGUAGCCGGAGAGUUCCUUCUAAUUGGCAGUGACGGCUGGGCGGACCGGGUCGAGGUGGUCGAGGGCUACGAACACGAGGCUGUGGGCGGCAUCACAGUGAAGCUGCACUCUGAAGAGGUCUCUUCCUUCGAUAACUACUUCCUCAAGCUCAAGCUCAGCACAAACACUCGCAACCCGUGGUUCCCAGAGUUCUGGCAGUAUCGCUUCCAGUGCCGCCUUCCCGGACACCCGCAAGAGAACCUGAACUACGCCCGAAACUGCACAGAGGAUGAGGAUCUAGAACUCCAAGAUGGUUAUGAAAGUCUGGAGGACAACUAUGUUCAAGACAGCAAGAUGGGCUUUGUCAUCAACGCCAUCUACGCCAUGGCCCACGGGCUGCAUGACAUGCACUCUGACCUCUGCCCUGGCCACUUGGGGCUCUGUGAUGACAUGAAACCCGUGGACGGGAGCCACUUGUUGGAGUUUCUUCUCAAGACAUCCUUCAUGGGUGUGUCAGGGGAGGACAUAUGGUUUGAUGAGAAUGGAGACUCACCUGGAAGGUAUGAGAUAAUGAACUUUCAGCGCGUGGAAUCUGGUGUUUACGACUACAUCAACAUCGGCUCCUGGCACGAGGGCUUACUGAGUAUUGACGACGAGAUGUUCCAGAUGAACCGCAGCGACAUGGUCCGCUCAGUCUGCAGCGAGCCCUGCUCCAAAGGAGAGAUCAAGGUGAUAAGAAAAGGAGAAGUGAGCUGCUGCUGGAUCUGCACGGCCUGCAAAGACAACGAAUUUGUCCAGGAUGAGUUCACCUGUAAGGCCUGUGAGCUGGGCUGGUGGCCUGACCAUGAACUAGAAGGUUGUGAGCCAAUUCCCCUCCACUACCUGGAGUGGAGCAAUCCAGAGUCCAUCAUCCAGGUGGUCUUCUCCUGCUUGGGCAUCCUGGUCACAUCGUUUGUUGCCUUUGUCUUCGUAUUGUACCGUGACACGCCUGUGGUCAAAUCCUCCAGCCGGGAGCUCUGCUACAUCAUCCUAGCCGGGAUCUUCCUGGGAUAUUUGUGCCCUUUCACACUUAUUGCACGACCAACAGUGGCCUCCUGCUACCUCCAGAGACUUCUCGUUGGACUCUCAGCUGCGAUGUGCUAUUCGGCUCUGGUGACCAAAACCAAUCGCAUUGCCCGCAUCCUGGCGGGCAGCAAGAAGAAGAUCUGCACCAGGAAGCCAAGGUUCAUGAGUGCUUGGGCACAGGUGGUGAUUGCCUCCAUACUCAUCAGCCUCCAGCUAUCGUUGGAAGUCACACUCAUCAUAAUGGAGCCUCCUGAGCCAAUCAAAUCUUACCCCAGCAUUAGAGAAGUCUUCCUGAUCUGCAACACCAGCAACCUUGGUGUUGUAGCUCCCCUAGGUUAUAAUGGUCUGCUCAUCAUGAGCUGCACCUACUACGCCUUCAAGACCCGCAAUGUUCCUGCAAAUUUCAACGAAGCCAAGUACAUUGCCUUCACCAUGUACACGACAUGUAUAAUCUGGCUCGCCUUUGUGCCCAUCUACUUCGGCAGCAACUACAAGAUCAUCACCACAUCCUUCUCUGUGAGCCUCAGCGUGACUGUUGCUUUGGGGUGUAUGUUCACGCCAAAGAUGUACAUCAUCAUUGCCAAGCCCGAGCGAAAUGUACGCAGCGCGUUCACCACCUCCGAUGCUGUUCGCAUGCAUGUCGGAGACGGAAAAAUUGCCUGCCGGAGCAACAGCCUCCUCAACAUGUUCAAGAGGAAGAAGAACACGGAAAAUGGCAGUUCUAAUGGAAAGUCUGUGUCAUGGUCUGAACCAGGUGCAAGACAUCCUCCCAAAGGGGAUCACAUGUGGCACAGACUGUCAGUGCAUGUGAAGAGACAGGAAGCAGGUUCCAAUCAGAUGGCUGUCAUCAAACCCUUAACUAAUACCUACCAAAAUACUUCCCGGGAGUUCUCAGACCUCAGCACUAAGACUUUGUACAAUGUAGCUGAGGAGGAUGAAAGCGAUCCAGUCGCUUACAGCUCCCCUGCCUCUCCCCCGAUGAUGGCCCACGGGCAAACACCCGCUCGCGAGCUGAUAAAAGGCGAGAGCGAGGAGGUGGAGCUCUAUUCCCCUGAGCCUCUACAACCACACAGCAUUAUCUGUCAACAUGAUGUUGUGGAGCGCCACCAGGAGAAGGUGGUGCUGAGAAAACCCAACCUCCCUGAGCUCAGUGAUGUGAUCAGCAUGCCUCAGGUUGUGAGCGGUGGCAUGCCAGUGUACCACCAGGCUCACCUCAUCCAGCAGAAACCCAUCUUGCCUGUCCACCUUGACCCGUUUGAUGAUGAGCUUGUGUCUCCAUUAGAGGAGGAUGAUGAGGAGCAGUUUGGUCUUCUCCGAGGAUACAUGUACAACAACACCCAGAUUCAGGAGGAGGAGGACCUGGUAGAGGCCAAACUAGUGAUGGAAGACUCUGUUGCUCUGAUGCCUCCCUCUCCUUUCCGUGACUGCGGUCCUUCAGCGAGCCUUUUUCCAAACUCUCCUGUGUCUGAAUCCAUUUUGUGCACACCUCCAGAUGUCACGUAUUCCUCCGUCAUCUUCACUGACUUCAAGCAAAGCUCCUCAACUCUGUGACGAAAGAACCAAAAUGUUUCUGGUUAAAUUUGUUCAGCUCCAUAAUGACUUCAAUGAGAUAAGUCACUGUUAUCUAACGAGUUAUUUAUCAGCGUUUACUUGAUACUGGCUAAAAACAAUCUAAGUUCCAAGCUUUUAAAGUAUUUAUGUAUUUAUUUGCAUUAGGAAAACAUUCUGCUGUAUAUUUCUGACAUAAGGUUUUAGAAAAAAGUAGAUUUUGUUGUUAUAAAGCAAAUAAUCUAAUGAGAAAAGUUACUGAUUAAGUUUUGUGUUGCAUAUUGUGUCCUCUGUCCAACACUGUUUUGGGGGAAAUUAUUGUAAUUGUGUUUAUGUAGAAUUAGGUGUUUAUUAACUGAAAAUGAAGAGCUCAGCAUAAUGCAAGGAGAAAGAACAGACUGUGUAUGAAGAUUAUGGAUGUAACCAUGGAGACUGGGGGGGAAGUGCCUUAAAGGAAGAGCUGGGGUCCUGUGGAGCUCGUCUGAGUGAUCAUUGUCUUACCUGCAAACAGAAAGAUCUCUGAAGUCGUUUUAAAUUAUGAUAACUAAAAGGUCGCUGGUUUGAAUCCCCCAAGGUGCUUUACAACACAACAGUCAUUCAUGCAUACACACACAUAUUCACACACGGGCAGUGAUUAGCCACAAUGAAGCUACCAUACAUACUGGGCACCACCGGUCCCUCCGACCUUCCUCAACAGACAAGGAGGGUGGGUGUUAUUCCCAAGGUUCAACAACUGUGAGAGACUGAGCGGGUGCAAACCUGCCACCCUCUAGUUAUGGGACGGGCACGUAACUCUGCCUCAGUUUAAUGGGUCCUCUGCUCUUCCAGUGCAAAAUAAAACACAUUUGAUGAAUUUGAUGUUCUGUGUUGACCCUAGAAGAGACUGUGAGUCUCUGGGCUCUUAUGAUGGACUGUUGACCUUUAGGGUGCACCCUUCCUCUCAAUCUUUGACACUGGGUGAUUGAGGGAGUGAGUGAGGGGUCCUGGCAUGGAUCUUUGCAAGCUACACAAGAAUCAGUAGCAUCACUGGCAUUGAACAUUGGCCAGGGAUUGGGUUUCCUAAUAUGUGAUGUAUCUAUUUGGUUCAAGUUUACCUCAAAAAUUUUAAUUUAGUGCAAAAGUAAAUUUAUUUCAGUAAUUCGUCUUAGACUGAGAGACCAUCCAAAGGCUCAGGAACCUUUUGCAGGUGUUUUGGAUUUAUUAGCUGAUUAGAGUGAGACACUUUGAGUCUAGAAUAUUGAACAUUUUCAUCCAUUCAUCCAUUUUCAGCCACUUAUCCAGGUUUGGGUGGCGGGGGCAGCAGCCUAAGCAGGGAGGCCCAGACUUCCCCCUUCCCUGGCCAGCGGUGAGACAUACUCCCUCCAGCGUGGGUCUUCCUUCAGGUCUUCUCCUGGUUGGACGUGCCUCACCAGGGAGGCGUCCAGGGGGCAUCCUAACCAGAUAUCACCUCAAUUGGCUCCUCUCGAUGAACAUUUUCACAAUAUUCUAAUUGUCUGAGAUUUUGAAUGUGGGGUUAAAUUAGCUGUAAGCCAUAAUCAUCACAGUUAAAACAAAUCAAGGCUUGAAUAAUUGGGCUUUGCAUGGAAUGAGUCUAUCUCAUAUAUUAGUUUCACCUUUUAGCUUUACUGAAAUAAAUGAACUCUUGCACCGUUUUCAUAUUUUUCGAGUUUCACCUGUGGUAACCCUCAUGGACCACCUGGCUGUUCAGGGACCACUGACAGGAGCUGCAUCCUUCAAAGGCAACCUUUUAAAGCUGAGCAAGCCACAGUGAUGUGAUGAAGGAUGUACAAAUUUGAAGGCUCCUCCACAUGCAGCCCACAAAUGCAUCCUCCUUUUCCUGAUUUUAAAGGAUGGGUCUGGUGUACCCUUUGAGGCCCACCCUAUCCCAGGAUACAUUGUGGGUCAAACAAGAGAUUUCUGUUGUGAUAGUGGCAGAUGAGGCAGGAAAUAGAGCGGGAGACCAUUACAGUUUUUAAUGCAACAUUAAAAUCUGGCAGUACCACAAUUAAAGUGUAAAGCAGUUGUGUUGUUAGACUUUUGUCAUCAUCACAUCAUCAUGCUGUCACAGUUGCUAUGUGACACCUUUAAACCAAGGUGAGAGUGAGAAUAAAGGCUAGACCGACUAAUUUCACAGCUGCACACCUUAAGCUGAAGGCACAUAUUUACUCUAAAACCUGUAAAUGAUAAGAAAAUAUGUGAUUCAUUCAGGGAGGCUCAACAACCACUCUCCAUCUCGUCUAAAUAAGAUCACUUUUGGCUUCAUAGUUGAUGAUAAUCAAAUUACCAACCUCACGACUUCUUACUGGUAGUCCACAAACCUAUGGGACACAUCAAACUAGUGUUCAUCCUUACGUAUGUAUGGACAGGGUUGGAGGGGAGCACGUCAUGAGGAACUGCUACAAAAACAUGUAGAAAUGUUUUUUACUAAGAGAAUGUUUUCAUAUCUCCAUUACUUUCAUUCAAAUCUUUUUUAGAUACAUUUAGCACAGAAAUGUUUAUCUUUUUUUUUUUUUUACUAAUGUGGCAAUAAAUAUUGAUCAGUUGCUGUGACAAUGAGGAACAACGUGUAAGGAUUUCUGGUUGACCGUGAAUAACUCCUAUAAGAUGCCAUUCCAAAGCAACAUGUGACCAGCAAGACGAGGAGGAACCAAGCUGUCAUGGCUGCAUAUGGAUCUUCUACAUGCUACUGAGAGCCCUGCCGGUAAAAAAAAACAGUUGUUGUUUUUUACGAUUACUAUGGGACGUUUCAGUCAUUCAAUCUAUCAAGCAACUAAAAACAUGGGUAUUAUUGCAGAGGGAAUAGCAUACCUUGUUGAGUAGGUGUCCUGUUGCUUGUUCCACAGAUGCAUGAUCCUAACUUGUUCUACCUCACAGUAAAGGUGACUAAUCAGGCUUUUCAACAAAAUUUGAUUCAAGUAUAAAAAGCUAAAUAUGCUACAAGGAUAUUUGCACAACCUUCUUUUUGUUUGUUUUAAUUGUUUGUAUUUUUUUUUAUUUUGUUUGUAUUUGUUUUUUUAGCACGAGGUGCACAAAAUGAUUAUAUUCAGACCAAGACCCAUGUGGUCAAAAUGCAAAGGACUUUGUUUGUCUUGUAUAUUCAAUUUGAUCAGUGAUAUUACAAAUUUACUGUUUAUGUUCUUUCAUGAAAAUUAUUUAUUUAUUUGUAUUUUUUAUUUGUUUGUUCACUGUUCAUUCAUUCAUUCAUUCAUUCAUUCAUUCAUAAAAAAGCUUCCCUUUAUUCAUUCAAAUCCAACCUAAAACAUGGUUUGCAUGGUUCGCAAACUGUUCAUACAUUUUCAAGAGUGUUUUCAUCACCAGCAGUUUUUUGUUUUGAAUUAUAUAUUUAAAAUAAUACAGACUGUAACAUGAAUGUAGCAGGGAACAAGGUUUAAGUGCCAUUUUUUCAUAUGAAAAGUUUCUUUUGUACAUUUAUCUCACUUGUGUAAUCUUGAAAUGCAAGUUAACAUGUUUAGAUUUUGUAUUUUUUAUACUUUCCCAUCCUAUUUCUGAACUGUAGAUUACUGAAUAAGCUAAAUUAUGUCGCCUAUUUGUUUGGUAAAUGUAUGAAUUCUGUUUCAAAAUGUUGGCACUCAUGAUAUCUAAUAUAAGAGAGAAGUGUUUUGCUUUGUUUAAGUGUCUGGCUGUGUAUCUGUUUUCUAUGUAUUAGGACUUUAACAGCCUUUCUGAGUUAUAUAAUAAGAUAAAUGACUUCUGUUACCACUGGCAGAUAAAUAUCGGCUAGACUUUAAACUACAGGAUAGACACUUGUGUAAUUGGAAUAAAUAGGAUGUUUUUGUGUUUCAUGUUUUUCAUUGUGAAACAUUUGUGGCUGUAUAGUCUUGACUUGCCAUUUGUAACGUUUAUUUUGAUUAAAGGUAGAUAGACUUUGUAUAAAACUAACAUCAGGAACACACGGAGGGGUGGUAAUAUGUCAAAUAAACAAAGUUGAGACACCAGAGUCCUUUAAUAUGAUUAUUUUUAACAUUAAGUUAAAUUUCAACAUAUAGAAUUAAUUAAAAGAAAUGUUUUAUAAAUAAUUAACCCAAGUGAUUUGACAAAGUGGGGCAAAAAAGUAUUUAAUCAUCCUCAUGAUGUGCAAGUUCUUCCACUUAAAAAGAUGAGCUAUACCUGUAAUUUUCAACUAGGAGAGAUAAAUGAGAAGAAAAAGCCAGAAAAUCACAUAGUCUCAUUUUAAAAUAUAUAUAUAUUUUUUGCAAAUUAUGAUGAAAAAAAAGUAUUUAGUUAAUAACAAAAAUCUGUCUCAAUACUUUAUUUACUCUUUGCUGGUAAUGACAGAGGUCAAAUGUUUUCUGUAAGUCUUCACAAGGUUUUAACACACUGCUGCUGGUAUUUUGGCCCAUUCCUCCAUGCAGAUCUCCUCUAGAGCAGUGAUGUUGGGGCUGCCACUGGGCAACACGGACUUUCAACUCCCUCCACAGACUUCUAUGGGGUUGAGAUCUGGAGACUAGCUAGGCCACUUUAAGGCCCUCAUUUAUCAAACACUUGUAGAAACUUCUUAGGUGUGUUCUUGCUGUGUCGUAUUUCUAAUUCCAUGCUGUAGUUCUUUUUUAAAACACAGAGCAGUUUUGUUACCUGUUUUCCCGCUACGUUUCGUUUGCGGCUGCAGACUUCCUCAGGCUGACCAUCCAUGUUUCAUCUCCAAUGCCCAUGCUGAUAGAAGGAGGUUUUCACUCCAAAUCUGACGAUACAUGGCCCCGUAAAUUUUUCCAUUUACACGGAUUAGCCGUCCUGGUCACUUUUCAUAAAAGCAGCCCCAAAGCAUGAUGUUUCCACCCCCAUGCUUUACAGUUGGUACGGGGUUCUUUAGAUGCAACUCAGCACUCUUUCUCCUCCUAAAAAAAGUUUUAUUUUGGUUUCAUCUGACCAUGUGACAUUCCCUCAAUCCUAUUCUGGAUCACCAAAUGCUCUCUAGCAAACUUCAGAUGGAACUGCACAUGUCCUGGCUUAAGCAGGGGGACACGUAUGGUGUCUAGUCUAGUGUGUUACUGAUAGUAGCCUAGUAACUUUGGUCUCAGCUCUCUGCAGGUCAUUCCCCAGGUCCCCCCAUGUAGUUCUGGAAUUGUAGCUCACCAGUCUUGUGAUCAUUUUGACCCCACAAGGUAAGAUCUUGCGUGGAGCCCCUGAUCGUGGGAGAUUAUCAGUGGUCUUGUAUGUUUUCCAAUUUCUAAUAAUUGCUCCCUCAGUUGAUUUCUUCACACCAAGCUGCUUUUAUAUGGCAGGUUUACAAUUUUGUUUCUGGUGUCCUUUGACAGCUCUUUGGUCUUGGCCAUAGUGGAGUUAGGAGUGUGACUGCGGUUUAGGACAGGUGUAUUUUACAGUGAUGAUGAGUUCCAACAGUGGCCAUACAGGUAACGAGUGGAGGACAGAGGACCCUCUUACAGAAGACAUUACAGGUCUGUGAGAGACAGAAAUAUAGCUUGAUUGUAGGAGAACGGAUUUAUUUUUCCCACCAUUAUUUGCAAAUGAAUUCUUUAAAAACCAGACAAUGUGAUUUUCUGGAUUUUUAUUUUUCAUUUAGCCUCUAGUUGAGGUAUACAUUUGAUGAAAAUUGCAGUCCUUUCUCAUCUUUUUAAGUGGGAAAACUUGCACAACUGGUAGCUGACUAAAUACGUUUGUGCCCCACUAUCACCUGAUGUAAAUAAUGAAAAGAUGUAUUUUCUGAAAUGUAUAAAAGCUGAGUUAUCUUCACUUCACAAUGCUAGUCCUGAGCUGGCAAUGCUUCACUGGCUUCCAUUUUCCUACGGGGCACAGUAUGAACUCCUUUUAUUUGUUUAUCAGUUUUUUCAGGGCAGUGCCCCUCCAUACCUUGGGAAUCUGUUAAAAAGACAUGUACCCUCAAGGUCAUUGUGCUCUGCAGAUCAUUUCCUGUAAACUGUUCCUCACUCCAGGUCUCGGACAUGUGGGGAUAGGGCUUUUACUGUUUUAGCACCAUCCCUCUGGAACAACUUACCUCUUAACAUGAAGCUAUCUCCAUCUUUGGUUACUUGUUGCUUGAAGACUCAUUUUUAUCAUCUGGCUUUCACCUAAUCUGUUUGGUGACUGGUUUUAACUGAUUUUAAUAGUUUUUAUAUUUGUUUGCUAUUACUGAUUUUUUUCUUUUUGAUCCUAAUUUUAUUGUUGUCUUGUUUCUAUGUUUUAUUUGUGUUGUGUUCAGUGCUUUGAGGAUGGUGGAAAGCGCUAUACAAAUAAAGGCUGAUUGAUUGAUUGAC